AUGGCGAUGGUAGCGAGGAAUUCUCUCGGCCAAGUUUUGUGGUGGAAUGUGGUUAGAGUACAGGGAACAGUGAGCCCGGUCGAUGGCGAAGCUCACGCAGUGAUCCAAACGGUCCUACAAGCGGCUAAUCAUGGAUGGCCCGAUAUUAUAGUGGAAGGCGACAAUUUACGUGUUAUUAAAUCUAUGCAAGAAGAUGAGAGCUCCCUCGCUUCUUACGGAGCCUAUCUAGACGAUAUUAAAAUUCUUGCCAUUACUUUUCGUAGUUGUUCUUUCUCAUUUGUAAAGCGUGGUUGCAACCAACUCGCUCAUGCUAUUGCUACCUCUUCAGUUUUGGAUUGUACGGAAGGAUAUUCUCUUCCUUCUAGUUUGGCUGAUUCAGCCUAA